UUGCAGGGUAAGCCGUGAUCGUAUUUUGAAGAGGUGUUUGACUCCCUGAGCCGAAGCCAAACAGCCGCAAACGGGAGGCGCCAUCUUGCUUAUGUCAUAACUGCACAGUGUUCAAGUUGGCUUAAAUGGCUUCUGACAGGGAACUGCCAUAGUGCCAACAAUUAUUGGUUUCAAAAUACCUCGUGUGGCAAACGGUAUUACCACAUCUAGAGGCUUUUCUUUUUCUUUUUUUGGUUAUUUUCGUUUUACAAGAGAAAUGUGACUUGUGGCCUUUGCCAGCUGCACCAUUAGCUUAAAAGCUAAUGCUAGCGCAUAAACGUCAUUAUCUUCGUUAAUCUAGCAGGACGUUUAAAACCCCAAAACAAAUUGAAGAGGAAGUACGCAUCUAAUGCGCGACUUUAUUCCAUAACAUAAAAAGAGGUAUUUUUCCAUAACUAAUUUUGACGGACUGAGGCUUUGGGCCUUGUUAGCCUGCAAUUUUAGCAGUUGCUAAUCUAUGCGGAAAAUCAGUGUGCUCAACAACAAUGCAGAUUGCGCAUCUUCACACGCGUUAUGUUAACAGUGAUGUGAGGAACCUAAUAAUGGGUUGAAUGUUGCAAGGGGGUCUUUACAUUUGCUUUUUAGAUGCAACGAUGAUGUUACGCUCAAAAUAUAAUAUAGACCGUAAUUUCCUCCUACGUCAUAUUCAUUUCGACAUGAGUAUGACACCGUACCCUCCAGAGGAGCAGCCCGGAAACCGAUCACAAAUAUUCGGCCACAGGCUGAUGGGGAUGAUGACAGUAGAGGUAUUGGUUGGUAGUGCUGACAUUUGUUAUCGUACAAGUACCAUGAGCCACAGAAGAAGGGCAGCAGCUUUCAAUCAUGCAUCUCAGACCGUCUCUGGGCCCCCAUCUGAGUCCAUCAAAACCGCCACAAAGACGCACAACAUUUGCAUGGUGUCUGACUUCUUCUAUCCCAACAUGGGAGGAGUGGAGAGUCACAUAUACCUCCUGUCCCAGUGUCUGAUUGAGAAGGGACAUAAGGUGGUGAUUGUCACUCAUGCCUACGGUCACAGGAAAGGCGUGAGGUAUCUGACCAAUGGCCUUAAGGUCUACUACCUGCCUCUGCAGGUGAUGUACAACCAGUCCACCACCACCACCUUCAUCCACAGCAUGCCACUCCUGCGCAGUGUGUUUGUCAGGGAGCGCAUCACCGUGGUGCACUCGCACAGCUCGUUUUCUGCUAUGGCCCACGAUGCUUUGUUCCAUGCUAAGACUAUGGGCCUAAACACGGUGUUUACUGACCACUCGCUCUUUGGCUUUGCCGACGUGAGCUCAGUGCUGACCAAUAAGCUCCUGACGGUGUCGCUGUGCGAUACCAACCACAUCGUGUGCGUCUCCUACACCAGCAAGGAAAACACUGUGCUGCGCGCAGGGCUCGAUCCGGAGAUCGUGUCAGUCAUUCCCAAUGCGGUCGAGCACAGCGACUUCACGCCCGACCCGUCUCAGCGCCAUGACGACAGGAUCACCAUUGUUGUGAUCAGUCGCCUUGUCUACCGCAAAGGCAUUGAUCUUCUCAGUGGAAUCAUCCCAGAACUCUGCCUCAAACAUCCAGAUCUGCAUUUCCUCAUUGGUGGAGAGGGGCCAAAAAGACUUGUGCUGGAGGAAGUGAGGGAGAAAUACCAUCUGCAUGACAGGGUGCGCCUUUUGGGGGCUCUGGAACACAAAGAUGUCCGAGGAGUUCUGGUGCAGGGUCACAUCUUCCUUAACACGUCACUCACAGAAGCUUUCUGCAUGGCCAUUGUGGAGGGAGCCAGUUGUGGACUGCAGGUUGUCAGCACUCGUGUAGGUGGGAUUCCUGAGGUUCUACCAGAGGACUUGAUCACGCUUUGUGAGCCAACGGUGCAGUCGCUGUGUGCCGGGCUGGAAACGGUCAUAGAGCGACAGCGCUCUGGCUCAGUACCCACGCCCGCCUCCGUUCACGCUCGGGUGCGGAACCUCUACACCUGGAGAAACGUUGCGGAGAGGACUGAAAAGGUGUAUGACCGAGUAUGCGGCGAGGAGGUGCUCCCCCUCAACCGACGCCUCCGGAGGCUCAGGACUCACUGCGGCCCAGUGGCCGGCUCCAUCUUUGCCUUUGUGGCGGUUCUAGACUUCCUCUUCCUUUUGCUUCUCCAAUGGUUGCUGCCCGACAGACUCAUGGACGUGGCCGUGGACGCUAGCGGUCCUCUUGGACUGUGGCAGCAACAACCAAGCAAGAGUAACGACAAAGCUCUCGUCAAGUAAGCGGCUUCAUCAUGCUUGUUUAUUGGGCCCCAAAACUAUGGUGAGAUUAGGAACUACAACUUUUGUUUACGUUAUUUUCUUACGAUCUAUGUCUACUGUGUCAAAACAUUGGCACUCUUUUUUUUUUUUUUUGUUCUAUUUAUUCUUUUGUUUCUUAAUCUUCGUAAGGACUCGUUUCCUACUUAUUAUCAUUCAUUAUAUAUAUUAUGAGCAUUUUUAUCAAUUAAACACUAAAUAUUACUGAAUGUUGACAUGAGCACUCUUCUGGUCCCAUGCAGUUUUUGAUCAAACUGAAACAAGGGAAUUAUUUCAUGCACAUGUUCGAGACUUUUGUUUCCAGUUUUUCCUCCAGGCUAUGACCUAGUGUACCUCACAGUGCACUGUUUUUUUUUUUUUUUUAUCUACUAUGAUCUUUUUCUUAGGACAGGUUGGUCCAGUUGAGCUGGUAAAAGACAACCCCCUCAAUUUCUACUGUUUUCUUUAACAAAUAGUGAAGCUUAAAUGCCAGGCAUAUUGGGAAAAUCCAAUUUUUCAGGGCUAAUGGUGCAAAUUUGUGUAAAGUUUUUAUUAGCACAACAAUAGAUGAAACUAUACACUCCAGUGACGCUUGGCUGAAACGUGUAGGCAAAUGUAAAACAAUUGUCUGUGUUAUUCUAUUAUCAGUGUAUUGUUUUAAAGUGGAACUUCCGGUGUUCAAUGGAAAAUCUGGUUGAGGAUGCACA